UCCCUUUCCUACUUCCCUUCCCUUCCCUUGCUAUAUUUUAUUAUAUUUAUUAAUAAAAUGAGUAUUCCAUUAAAGCAAGGGAGGAGGUUCUGCUUUACCCUUUGGGAAGAUUUUUGUUUUAAACAAAAUAUAUUCAGUACGGAAGUGAAAUAUUGUGUUAUUGGAGCAGAGAAGAGUCCAUCUACCCUGAGAGACCAUUAUCAAAGGUUCAUCUCCUUCACGAAUGUGAAGAGACCUGGUGCUGUGAAAGAUUUCCUUGGUUCUCAAACAGUGCAUUUAACUAAUGCCACCGGUUCAGAUCUACAGAACAAGGUGUAUUGUUCUAAAGAAGGUUAUGUUAUCUUUGAGCUUGGUGAGCCUGUAGCCCCUGGUCAGCAUAAGAGGAAGAGGAUCCAACUAUGUGAAGAAGACCCUGAGAGUGCUAAGAUUGAGGAUCCGAACAUGUAUAACAGAUACAUAUGUUUACAGAAGAAAAAGGCCUUCAUAGAAAAUUAUGCUGACGUGCACCCCCGUCAUCCAUGGCAGAAUAUUCUUAUGGAAUAUAUAUCAGGAUCUCCUGAUCAUAGAUCUAUCUACUGGAUCUACGGUCCAGAUGGUGGAGAAGGUAAAACGGAAUUCUCUAAGCUAUUGGAGGCAAAAUAUAAUUAUUUUGUUGUGAAGCCUACCAAGAUUGAAAACAUGAUGUAUUAUUACGUAGAUGAUAAUACUACGAAGCAUGCUUGUGUUGAUAUUCCUAGAAGAGUUCAGCAGAGUCACUAUGACGCCAUAUAUGAUUUCAUAGAGAGUGUUAAGGACAGAAUGAUUCAGAGCACCAAAUACAGACCUGUGAAGUAUAGAGAAUUAAAUUUGGUGCAUUGUAUUGUAAUGAGUAAUCAGCUUCCUGAUUACGAAAAGAUAUCAUCUGAUAGAAUUAUAUUAAUUGAAUG